ACAGUCGGCUGGAGGAAGACGCAGAAACGCCUGGAGCAAUGUGUACAACUUACCCUUGAGAGUAUUUUGGUAAGUUUCCUGUUCGCCCAGAUAAAUCGCAAAUCAGGCGCAUCUCGAGUCUUCUGCCAUGCAUGACAUCCUCUUAAGAUAGGGACUUCAACGCCAUUAUUAAAAGGUUAACAACAUUUUAGCUCGAAGCAAAAAGUAAUGCAAAUAGCUUAAUACCAAAAUCACUCAUGCACUGUUAGAGGGACUUGCAAACACUUUUAAUUACUUUCACAAUCGAUAGAAACGGUUUAUGAUUGGAUCAGCUCAUUACAUCUAAUCCCUGUGUACUUCACACUUUCAAACACCCCAGGAUGUAUGCUUGAUCACUCCCUGGGUAUUAAGAACUGCGCAGAAUAAGUGCUUCUCAUGGAGAGGAGUGAUGAACCAGUGUUCUUGUCAUCAGAGGACCAAGGAAUCAAUUUAAGGGAUUUGGUCUUCUGGUUAACUUGAAAAAAGCUGAAAGUUCUUGCCACAAUUUCAAAGAUUGCAGCGAUGCUUUGCAUAUUGGAGAACUAAGGUCCACACCACCAAUAAACUAAUGGCUGGGGAUGACCAGGUCGAAACGUAUUCAGUGUAAGCAUUCUGAUUCCGCAUCCAUGUCAUGCAGUAGGUACAACCGGGCCCUUUCUUUGUCCUUAAAAAUGUCCGGACUGGACACGUCAGCCUGCAGGUAAAUAUAGGGAGUUCAACUGCUUUUAUGACUCAUUACCAGGUGUUGAAGUUUACUUGUAAACUUUUGAAUGCAAUUCUUUAACAAAAUUUUGAUUUGUCACUGUUGCAAAAUUAACAGAGCGUCUUGGUUUUCAACACCAUUUCCUUUCUGGUGGGCAUUAAAUUUUUAAUAUUUCUUUUUAAAAAAUUCAAGACACUUUUAUCAAAGUUUUGGAAAAUUUCAUGAAACAGCUGACUAGGGAAAUUAAGUAUAAGUUACUAUUGUUGUUCAAUUUUCAGCUGGGCAACCACCAGACAAUUACAAGCGAAUUAAUCCAAAGCUCUUUGGAUAGCACACAUUUACCAUCAAUCUUUACAGACUGUCCACCACGUAUCUCACUGGAGUUAAUCGAAGAUGCUUCAUGUUGCAAAAUUACAUCGCUACAACAAUCAGUAAGACAGUUGGUAAGUUGGUUAGAACAUUGAUCAGCCAGACAGCUGUUUAGACAGUCAGUAGCACAAACAGACAUUUUCUUUAUUUGUUACCACUCAGCCCAGGCCUGUUAGUGAAAAAAUCAGGCAUUCCAGACAAUAGAGGUAGCACUUAUGUCCUUACACAAAGCACCUUUAUUUUUUAAACUGUCUUUGUCCAUUAAUUUUAUUUCAGAGAUAAGAAUGAUGAACUUAUAACCUUAAAAAAGGAGCUAUUGGCCAGCUAAAAAAGUAUCCAUGGCUACUAACAAGAAGUAAGUAACCAAGAGAAGAACUCAGUAGAUGCUGUGUGAAUUUACUAGACAAGUGAAUAACUCACCAUUUUUUGUUACAAUAAACAGGGAAACCCUGUCUGGUUCUUCAAUUUAGAAGAGGCAGGCUCAUUUUGUUUUCCUUUUUUAUAUUUCUCCAAUGUUCAGAACAACACCCUGUCUCAGUGCAUGGCUCAACUUUGGGGAGGGAGAGGGGCAUAUUCAGUGAGAACAAAAAUGUGAAGAGUGAAUGUAAGAGAUUUGGAGAACAUUCAAGAAAAAUGGUUUCCAUUUCAUCGAUUUGGGACUCCUCGUUAGCUCUAGUGGCGGGAAAUUGCUAGGCACGUACAUACACGUUUUGGAGCCAUGGUUCAGGAGAAAAUUAGAGAUUUCAAGGAGAGAAAGAGAGAAGACAAUCAAUAGAGGAAAGAAGUGUUACUUACAACAUUCCAAGGUUUUAAAAAAGCUUUGUACCCAUUGGGUUUUAAGAGCAAACAACGGAUGAGUCAAAACUGCGCGCAUUAUUUCACAGGAACGUAUCUUGCCGCUAAUAUGUUGUACCGGUGGUGAAACUAUUGGACGGGUCACCAUAAUGGGUCACCAUUCUAUCCAGGACAUUUCCUAAGACCUCUCUGGUAUAGAUAAUAGAAUAAGAAAGAAAAGGAUAAGGUUCUUUCACACCUUAUUGAAACUGUCUAGGUUUAUAGCGCCUUGAUACAUGCAAGACAAGUUAUCAAGACUUUGAUCAGGGUGACAUGAUUGUUUGCUGAAAGAAACUUGCAAAUAUCUUAAUUGAAUUAAUGUACGGUGACCCGUGUACAUGUCGAGUUUUACGCUUUUUUUGUUGAGGUUUUAAGGAUAGGUAUUGUCCUCGUUUGAUAUGAUUCAUGUUUUGUACCUCAACUCCCACAGUUUGGUUUAUAGCUAUUCAGGAACGUGUAUAUUUGGGGUAAAGAAUGAGAACCCAUAUCACUAUUUAGCGCAAGGCCAAAUUAACAUACAUAUAAAAAACUUAAAAGUUGUUGAUUUCACAGCGGUAGCCUGGAAUAUCUAAGAAACGUUUUUGCAUUGGACCAAACACUAUUGUAGAACGCCCUUUUCAGCGCUUGUAGUCAAUAGUAUCUUAAGAAAAUUAGAAAGCAGGAUACUGUUCUCGCUGAUAUGUCUUGAGAAUAAUCCUGGCUUGUUACAUUUUCCAGUUUGGAGGAAAAGUUUCCCCUUUCUCUCGAAAUGACUUAUUUGCUGUUUCAGUUGUCUUUUGCCUCUUGCCCUUAACCCAUUCGCCCCUGAACCGCCCGUAACCGCCCGUGCGGAUCCAGGUCCUUUCUACCCAUUGUGACGUCAUCAGUUUUAACGGUCAAGGACAACUUUCUUCACUAACUUGUGCAGAGUGAAGAGAUCUUUCAAACCAUACCAGAAUGAGCACAAUUCAGUCAAGGACACCGGAGAAACAAGCAAAAAACCACGUGACAUUGACCUGAAAAUCUCCAUGAAAAUCUUGUCCCAUUACCCACCUACCUUUCCUUUCGCCUAAUCCUAAGAUCCUAAAAGCUUUCCUAAAAACUCUUCCCACCAAAAUCAAGCCUACUAAAUGCCCAGCAAGAGAAAAAAAAAAUGAGGCAAGAAAAGCAAAAAAAGAAGGGAGGAGAGAAAGCGAAAAGUAAAAGUCAAGACUGCUGUGUCACUUUUAAACCCAAAAACUAUGUCGAAAUUUUGCUUUCUGCGCAUGCCCGAACUUCGCAAGCUGAUAUUUUGCAUCUGGAUCGGAAGACCGCGAAGUGUUCGACCUGUAAACCAGUUUGUGGUAAGUUUUAGCUCUUUAUAGCACGACAGUGACCAGAAAACCACUCGACUAGCUUCAAAACGCGUUUUUCGGCAAAAUCUCUAGGAGCGAAUGGGUUAACUUAGAAAGGCAUACCUUUGGGCCUUCUUCCUUAUUACACUCUUUCUUGGCAAAGAGGCCUUCUUUAUUAUUUUCCACACAUUUUCUCCAGAAAUGUGGCACCUUCAAGUGACUCUCCGCAUGUGAAAGCCCUGAAUUUUACGCAGAUAGUAUGCAACAAGCUAUUGUCAUGCUAUCAAUCGCCCACUUGAAAGCUAUUUGUGUGCAGUUUAGUGCACACUUAGUUGUUCUUAUUUUCCAAUACUCUACUCCUAAAAAAAAUUUUUGCAAACUGGACAUUAUGUUAUGGUAUUAUGCCACAAUAACUCAGUUCACUGCUAUAGAAACACUCGGGAAACAAUGGAUGGCCCAACAAACCAAAAGCCCGUAGUUGUGACCGACGUACCGAUUAACCUCCAUAUUUGUCAACACGCCUUUAAAUUCCUCCGCGACACACUCUCAGACAAAACUAUUUGGGACACUCAAACCAAACGCUGUUUUUUUCCUUCUUGUGCUCCCCUUGUCCCUCUCAAAGUUUUUUGUUGCGGUUCAGUCACCAAAUCUUGUACACCGACAUUGAGGGGACAGGGAGAGACAAAAGUGUCCCAACAAUUUUGACCAACACUGUAGUCCGUUGAGUAUCUUGAACACACAAGUAACCUCCCUUAGGUUAAGAUGAUCUUUGACAGAGAGCCACCCGAGCUAAUGUACAGCAGGAGAAACGUAAUGGUAUUUUCUUUUAUUUAACAAAAUUCAUGCAGCAAAAUUCUGUAGAAGCUGUAAUUUAACAUGUUCCGUUUAGAAGUGCCACCACAUGGUGGAGAAAUACAAAAGUUUACCAAAUUCUAAGGAGUUUAACAUGAUAAGCAACAGUGACCUAGAAAAGAGAUGUUUGAUCUUAUUAAUCCUAUAUAAGGUAACCAACAACGUGGACAGUAAUGCUGCCAUGUGUUCUUGAACGAUAAGUUGGAAUCUAAUAGUAUGCCCAAGUCCUUUACAUAGGGCUAAGGCACAAGUUCUUGGCCUUAGUAGGAUAUAAAAUUAUGAACGUCUGCCACCUUCAGCACUAACUGCCGGGCCCCAAAGAGGAUGGUCUGGUUCUCUGGAGAGCUCAGUGUAGAGGUGCAAAGGGGCGGGUUCAUGUGUUCUUUGGGUCCGUCCACAUUAGUUCCCUCUCAUACAGUGGCCUGCAUUUCCUUUGUUUUUUCUGGGACAUGGCCGUGACACUGCUGCAUGCGCCUUUCGACAAAAUUUCCUUGAAUACGAGUUGCAGCAUUCAGUCCUAAUUAAUUAUAAUAGUAAUGAUGUUUAUAUACUUAUAUAGCACUAUAUCCAUAAAAAUAAUGUCUUAUAGUGCUUCAGAGCGAUAAAAACCUGCCUUAUAACAUUAGAAUGGCCUACAAAAAGACUCUUAAGUAUUAAAAGAAAAUAGAAAAACAAAACUUACAAAUGUUAAUAAAAACUAGAACUAAAACCUGGAGCUAGAAAAGGCUAGAAAAAAAGAUACAGCUAUUUAACAUACAUGAUAUUAAUUUGAAGAGGACUCGGAAAAAAAAUCCGAGUCCCAGAUGGGAUUUGAACCCACGACCCUCCGUGAUCUAGUCGGAUGCUCUAACCACUUGAGCUACUGGAGACUCUAUGGUGAGCAAGGGCCAAUUUGUGGGUCUCGACUGGAACCGCAUCACGCGGCUACACAGCCAAGUAAUGAUAGGCACACAAGAAGUGAAGAACUCACUAACAGCAUCGCGCUGUCACCUUAAAGCAUAUCAAAGAUGCGGCCAACCAACCUCCAAAGUGAGUAUAUUAAAGAUGAAACAACAACAACAUGAUAUUAACUUGAAGAGGACUCGGAAAAAAAAUCCGAGUCCCAGAUGGGAUUUGAAUCUAAAACUACAGCCUAGAGCCAAAAACUUUACAGCAGACUAAGAUAAUUAUAAAAUAAUAAAUAAUGAAGGCUUCGGAGGAUAAUUGUUCCCUUCCUUAAACGAGAAAUGUUAGAUACUGUCAAUUUUCAUUUUAUACCCUUAACCUACUGACACUCCAAUGGGACCCUGAUUCCAACCUUCAACCUGUGAACCUGACAUUGUUCCACGUUGUCAAUCAAGAAAACAGCACUGACAAACUUGCCCAAUAGGAUCUUCUGCUCGAGUUACCUUACGUUUUCGUCACCUCUCAUUUAUUCUUGACAAAAAAAUGAAGCACUUGGUAAGGGUUGUAUUUACCUGACUGAAAGGAUACGGUUACCUUCAUACUAACCUUCUUUACAAAAACAUGCAAUCUGAAUGGGACCUAUAAGAUGGAAAUAUUUCUUCUAUACCUAACUCCACAGCAGGCCUAAUGAAGCUAUCAGUGGCACAUCUAACAGCUAUUCUUCGAGCCCAUGAUGUUUUGGAGGAUGGUUCAAAAGAUGAAUUAAUUGCUCGCAUUGGACUGCUCAAGGCAGGUCACCAGAAGCAGCUUUUUCCCUGUGAACGUUUAUGUAUUCUUCAUCUCAUUGCAGCAGCUAGGGAAAUUUCUCAAAAUCAAGCCACUUUCAUUUCCUGGUAUCAUCACACGAGAUCAUUUGCAAAGGGCAAAACUAAAACACUGACCACCCAAACCGGUUGUGUCCAUGGUUUGUUAAAGCAGAGGAAACCUACAAUCGAUGUAAAUUAGUCAAUGCAUGAUCCACACAGUGAUUGCCAUAUUAGAAAACAAACUAAAGGAGCAAGAUGAAAAGUCGCAUUUAACUGUUUUAGGAGAAACGGCAAUUAAUCCUUUCAAAAAGGAAACAUUGAGUGCGAAGCUUUCAAAAGGUUAGCAGAAUGAAUUCACCAAAAAUGUUCGAAGAUCUCAAAGAAAGAGGAAGCUGCCAGCAAAAUUACAAGAUUGUGGUGAUUCUCCUAAUUUUCUAACACAUGUUGGGACGCUUGUAGGUGUUCUUUGGACUGAGAAAGAUCUUGAAGGGACCAACUGGGAUCCUGGAUGGUACUAUGGGGAGGUGCAACGAUACGAUGAAAAUGACGACCAAGUUUUUGUGUUUUAUCUGAAAGACCUUGCUGUACAUAGCUUAAAUGUAGCUGAGGCUUUUGCCGAUGGCAUAACUCGUCCACCAGAAAACCUUUGA